GUGUUGCCAGAGAGUAGGCGGGGCAAGCUGCGUUUUCAACCAGCAGUGUCUACUCUUAGCACUAACUCCUGCCCAGCCGCGGCACACCUUUCCCCAGCCCCAACUUCUCCCCAGUCCCAUCACCCCUUUACCCAGCAUCCACUCCUCCCCAGCUCCAUCAACUCAACUCAGCACCUCCUCCCUCCCAGUCUCAUCACACCUCUGUCCACCGACUCUUCCUCAUCAUCUCGCCCUCGUCCUCCAAAGUCACAAGGCUGCGAAGCUUCCAGCAACAGGAGAGGAAAGUAAGGAAGCUAUAACGCAGGAGUCCGGAGCCGCCGCAAAACCACCAUCUGCUCUUGCGGAGAACCUCAAGCCAAAGCCACAAAACUGGAAAAAGUCGGGAUUGGCUCGCACCCAGAAGGGGUGCUCACUGCGCGCUCGCUGCGGUCGGGCACCGAGCGAGGAGCUGAGGACACAAAGUUAAAUAAUGGCAGAGACAAGCCUGUUAGAGGCCGGGGCCUCUGCAGCCUCCACAGCUGCAGCUCUGGAGAACUUACAGGUGGAGGCAAGUUGCUCUGUGUGCCUGGAGUAUCUGAAGGAGCCUGUCAUCAUUGAGUGUGGGCACAACUUCUGCAAAGCUUGCAUCACUCGCUGGUGGGAGGACCUAGAGAGGGACUUCCCUUGUCCUGUAUGUCGAAAGACGUCCCGCUACCGCAGUCUCCGACCUAAUCGACAGCUGGGCAGCAUGGUGGAAAUUGCCAAGCAGCUCCAGGCCGUCAAGCGGAAGAUCCGAGAUGAGAGCCUCUGCCCCCAGCACCAUGAAGCCCUCAGCCUCUUCUGCUAUGAGGACCAGGAGGCUGUGUGUUUGAUAUGUGCAAUUUCCCACACCCACCGGGCCCACACCGUCGUGCCACUGGACGAUGCCACACAGGAGUACAAGGAAAAACUGCAGAAGUGCCUGGAGCCCCUGGAGCGGAAGCUGCAGGAGAUCACCCGCUGCAAGUCCUCUGAGGAGAAGAAGCCUGGGGAACUCAAGAGACUAGUGGAGAGUCGUCGACAGCAGAUCCUAAAGGAAUUUGAAGAGCUUCAUCGGCGGCUGGAUGAAGAGCAGCAGGUGUUACUUUCACGACUAGAGGAGGAGGAACAGGACAUUCUACAGCGCCUCCGAGAAAAUGCUGCUCACCUUGGAGACAAGCGCCGGGACCUGGCCCACUUGGCUGCUGAGGUGGAGGGCAAGUGCUUACAGUCGGGCUUCGAGAUGCUUAAGGAUGUCAAAAGUACCCUGGAAAAAUGUGAGAAGGUGAAGACCAUGGAGGUGACUUCAGUAUCCAUAGAGCUGGAAAAGAACUUCAGCAAUUUCCCCCGACAGUACUUUGCACUAAGGAAAAUCCUUAAACAGCUAAUUGCGGAUGUGACCCUGGACCCUGAGACUGCUCAUCCUAACCUAGUCCUGUCGGAAGAUCGUAAGAGCGUCAAGUUCGUGGAGACAAGACUCCGGGAUCUCCCUGAUACACCACAACGUUUCACCUUCUACCCUUGUGUCCUGGCUACUGAGGGUUUCACCUCAGGUCGACACUACUGGGAGGUGGAGGUGGGCGACAAGACCCACUGGGCAGUGGGUGUGUGCCGGGACUCUGUGAGCCGAAAGGGCGAACUGACCCCACUCCCUGAGACUGGCUACUGGCGGGUGCGGCUGUGGAACGGGGACAAGUAUGCAGCCACUACCACACCUUUUACCCCUUUGCACAUCAAGGUGAAACCCAGGCGGGUAGGCAUAUUCCUAGACUAUGAGGCCGGUACACUGUCUUUUUACAACGUCACAGACCGCUCUCAUAUCUACACCUUCACUGAUACUUUUACUGAGAAACUUUGGCCCCUCUUCUACCCAGGCAUCCGGGCUGGUCGGAAGAAUGCUGCACCACUUACCAUCAGGCCCCCAACAGAUUGGGAGUGACAGGUAGGGACGUGGGAAUAAUCAGGGUGAGGCAGGGUCAAGAGCUACGGGCCUUCCUUCCUGUGACCUGCUGGAACGUCUUCGUGUCUGCCUGGUUCCAGUCCUGAACCAUCUGGGAGAACACCUUGGUUUCUAGAAUGGUUUAUGGGGAGGAGUAGUUAGGACUGGGCUGGGACGAGAGCACUGCAGUGUCUCCCUCCUCACUGUUAGGGUGGAGAGCUGGUUCCCAGGGGGUAGUCUCCUCUGAAGUCCAUCAGGUUUUCUGUUGCACAAGGAUGGGUUGGAAGGAAGGAGAGGCUUUUCCAGAAACAACAAGUCUGUGGGAGGGUCUGACUUGCUCAAACCAGAGGAGGAAACAGAACCCCCUGUACAUCCUUUUAGGGGGUUCUUUGACCCAAAACAGUCUUGUUUUUUUAGGAAGAUCACAGGGGUCUUGGUACCUCUAAAUUGAAAUAAAGAUGAAUGACAGUUGCUCUCAUGGGUGUAGAAGUUGAGGAGUUAUUUUCAGGGCAGAGAUUGGGCAUCAAGAAGGUUAGAAAUAAGGUCAGGGAAGGGGGCUAAAUGAACAGAUUCCUAAAGAAUAAUGAAGGGGAGAAGGGUUUCUUUGGUCGCCAUUAUGAGUAGGAUUGGCCAGAGGUAGGAAUGUGGGGAGGAGGGGGUAGGAAGAAAGAGAACCCAGGUCCCUGCCUUAGCCUUCAGCAGAGAUGGCUCAUCACCCACCUCCUUGUAGUUGCUCAUCUCCACGAGCUGUUACCUUGCUCAUCUGGAGAGGCAAGAUGCAAGAGAUCCUGCAAGACACAUCUACCCUUUCACUGCUUUCCCAAGGGAACUUGGAAAGGAGAGAGUCAGGUAUUAGAGGAAAGAGAAAAGUAUUCCUAUCCAAAGCCCUGGCCUUAAAGAAUGCUACUAAGUAGCUACUCCCAAGUUGUCAGCCUUGUUACCUGGCUAAGGUGUCCAAGCCAGACAGGGAAAAAGAAAACGGAGUCUUCCUCACCCUGGGGACAGGGUAGAAGAGGGUGGUAUGUAUAGGGAAGGGCCAGAUAGGCAAGUUCCUUUGGCCUGUGUGCAUCUGGCCUGGAACUAGUGUCCACAAGAGCCGGAUUUUGUUUGUUGCCCUCCUUCACCUUUUGCCAUUUCUCAUAUCAGAGAAUGUAAAUCAUUUUAAUGUUAGGCCAAAAUAAACAACCUGUAGGGUACAUAUGUUGUCAAAAAAGGUAAAGCAAUGCAUGCCAAACCAAACUAAAAUGACUGGAUUAUCUGCUACUUGGGUAAUCAGGGGUUCACAGAAGAUUAGGACAAGAAACUGCAGUUUAUUGAGGGCAUUUCAGCUGCUCCUACCACCUCAACAGGACUUUGUCCAGACUCUCCUCUUACCUUUGUGCCUUGACUGUGGUUCUUUGUGGCAAGAUGCUUUGGUUGGUAAAACAUAAUAUGGAACAAAGGAUCCACUGAAGUGA